GAAACUUAUUUAGAGAGGGGUUGAAUUCGUAGUUUCCUAUUUCUAGUCAAAAAUUUUCAUUCACGGUUGAAACUUCUUUCUGUUAACUUCGUAAAAUUGAAUUUUAUAUACUCCGGAAUUUAGUUCAACGAACAUGGCUCAAUCAUUAAUUAACGUUAUCAAAAUUUUCUUGCCAAUAAUAAUCAGUGGCAAUGUGCUCAUAUCAGCUUGUUCAUCUGUUAGUAUUUCAUCAAGUCAUACGUCAUCUCAUGGUCCGGUAUAUGAACAUCCUCAUGGUUCCGAUCGUCCUGUACCCGACGUAGUUCGUCUUCACGAUGCUAUUAUUAAUAAUGACAGAAGAGAAAUCGUCGAAAUUUUUAUUAUGAACAACCUGUACAGUCGACCAUUUUUGCACGACGAACAUGUAAAGAUAUAUAAAUCUGACUUGAAAGGUCUUUGCCGUGCAAAAUUAUCCGGCGACUUCGGACACCUCAUAACAUCUUUGGCAACACCACCCUGGACUUUUCUUGUCAGUGAACUUCAUUAUUUUUUUCAAUCAUUUCAUGGCGAUUACAGUACUCUUGAGGAAAUUUUGGGGUAUCACGGCAUCGAGGGGAUUAAAGAAGCUUAUCAAUCAGAGUAUGGAGUUGAGGUGACGGAACAUUUUAGAAAAUUACCUUAUUUUGUACAACGACGUUUUGCACACCAAAUUGAUGGGAUUUAUAAUUCAGGCAGCAUUAAAUUAGCUGAUGACCAGGCUAAUUACUAUCGUAUAAAGCUAGUAGAAGCUAAAAACAAAUCAGAUGCACGUCAUUUUACCCGUUUAAUUGUAUUGAUGUUGAACGAUGAAUUACUUGAUAAAGUCAAAAUAUCUUAUGAAAAUGCUUAUGGUAAACCUCUUGCGAGUAUAAUAAAUGAACUUCCCGAAGGAGAUUACCGCGAAGCGAUUUCAGCAAUUCUUAGUCCUCCGGUGCCUUUCGGAAACGAUGCGCUGCCCAUCUUUGAUCAUUACAAAAAAUAGUAACAAGCUAUUCAAUUUGACUAUAAUCAAUAGUACAGAAUUUAAUUUUAUAAUUUAAUGAAUAAUUAUGAGACUUUUAAUAUAAAUUAAACUUUCAAUUGAACAAAUCGACUGUAACUUUUUUAAAUAAACAAUGAUUGGAUAAUUAUUUUUUUU